GAAGUUUUUAUUUUGGUCUCUACCUAUAUAUUUACCAACUAUAAAAAACAAAAUGGAAUUAUAAAUUUCCCAAAUCGGGCAAAAUGAUCAGUAAAUUUUUCAGUUCAUAAAAUAACUCAAUGAAUCCCAUGUUAUUUUAUGGUAUUUUUAGCUAUGUUUGACAAAAAAUCUCUCAAGAACAAACACAUCUUCAAAUGUAAAGUAUAUUUAUUAUACAUUAUUAAAAUUAUAAACACCAUCACUUUUAAAUUUAUACACUACUAAUUUAAGAUAAAAUGAUUCUUUACAUUUUGGUUAAUGUAAGCUAGUUUGCUUACAAUCUGGUUGAGAUUAGUACUUAAACCCGGCAACUUCUAUUAUUUACAGUGAUACAAUGUUUUAGUUUUAACUAGAACUUUAAUAACCAACAUUAGUGUAUGCCAGAGUGGUUAAACUCAAGGAUCUUGUCUCUAUUUAAUAAGAUAGAACUGGAAACAUGGAAAACAAACAAAAAAAAAGAUGUGCUAACCCCAAUGUUACUGUUAAAGUCCAGAAGACAUGGUGAUAGCAAUUAAGAAACAGUUCAUAUAAAAACUCAGAGAUGCGUUCCUCCCAGGUUUCUGCCUGCGGCUCCUGGGCUGUCACAGUUUGGAGUCUCAUGAAGACGGCUUGCGUUGCCACGUGGUCCCCAGCCAACAAGGACAGGUUUAUGUGUAUCUAUCCUACUGAUUUAAACAAUAAGAAGACCAUCACAGAGGGAAGGCGAAUCCCCAUAAGUAAGGCUUUUGAAAAUUCUACAGCUAUGGAGAUUCAAGAUGUAUGUUCAGCAGUUGGACUUAUCCUAUUUCUUGAGAAAAGUAAAAUGUACUCUAGAGAAUGGAAUCGUGAUGUUCAAUACAGAGGCAGAUUCCAGAUACAGCUCAAACAGGAAGAUGGCAGCCUCUGCCUUGUACAGUUCCCAUCAUGUAAGUCAGUAAUGUUGUAUGCAGCAGAAAUGAUAACUAAAUUAAAAACAAGGACACAAAAGAACAGGAGGUGGUGACCAAAGUCUUCAACAAAAAGAGGGAAGUAAAAAAGGGAAAGGAAAGAAAAAGAAGUAACCUAGUAUCAACAUCAAGUAUGUGGUACUACUGUAAGAGACAUGGUGGCUUCUAAUUUGUAUCAGAGGAAACAGAAGCUUUUUGUUUGCAUCAUUUAACUCAACUGUGAACCCUUGUGCCUCUCAUCUUUAUCAUCGGAAUUGACAGUGAAAAAAAUUCACAUCAGAAGUUUGCAUCUCACUUUUAGGAAGUAUAAAACAUUUUUUGUGUCUUUCAAUGCAGUUUUUUAUGGAAGAAAGAAUAUUUUUAAACCAACAAUGGACUGUACAAUAAGUUACUUGUUUCAGAUGAAUUUCAAUUAGAUUUGAAAUAAACAUUUUGUCCGCCUUUUAAGUUAAUGAAAUAAAAUUUGAAACUGAAAAAAAAAGGAAACAGUUUAUAGAAGAAUAGCAGGCAGUAAAGUUGAGAAAUUUACUAUAAUCUCUUAGAAAUAUUUUUAGCUUGAUGACAUUUUG